ACACCUCAUGUGACAGAAAGGAAGAUUUUGCACCAAAAAUUGCACUGUGCAUGUUAAGUUAAAGAUCUACAGUAUUAAAACAAGUACCUGAACAUUUGGACAUGGCCCCCACUGUUGCUCUCACUUUUCUAGCAGUACUAGUGCUGUCUAUUAAUGCCAAGGGGAUUGCUAAAGCUCCUCUACUGGCUAGUGACUCUCCAACUAUCAUCAAGAAUGAGUAUGUUGUUGUUAUGAAGGAAGAACUGUCUAACCAAGAAAUUGAAAACCACAAGACCAUGGUCCGAUCUGCUAUGCAACUUCAAGGCAAUAUUUCCAAGAUUAUGUUUGAGUACAAUAUUGGAAAAGGCUUUCGUGGAUACAGUGUUUCCACUGAUAAAAUGAUGCUUGAGACUCUUCGCGCUAUGAGCGAUGUCAAGUACGUUGAACACAACCAGGAAAUGCAUGCUAUGGAAGAGUGUGUUAGAGAAGAUAAUUCCGAGUGGGGAUUACAUAGGACUGUAUACAGAGAAACAAAGCACGUGGACGAAUACUAUGAAUAUAAUGACGGUUCAGAUGGUACAGGAGUUAAAGUUUACAUCAUUGACACUGGUAUCAUGAUUGAUCACACGGAGUUUAAAGACCGAGCCACAUGGGGAACUAAUACUGCUGGUGGAAGUUCUACAGAUGCUAAUGGUCAUGGAACACAUGUUGCAGGCACUGUAAUUGGAGAUAAGUAUGGACUUGCAAGGGGCGCAACAGCCAUUGCUGUGAAGGUGCUAGGUGAUAAUGGAAGCGGGAGUACAGUAGGUGUGAUUGAGGGUGUAGAGUAUGUCGCACGCGAACAUGAAGAAGGGAAGGAUAAGAAGUCUGUUGCAAACAUGUCUCUGGGAGGAGGAUUUUCUAAGAGCUUGAAUGAUGCUGUCAAUGCUGCUAUUAACAAGGGUGUUCACUUUGCAAUUGCUGCUGGUAAUGAGAACCAAGAUGCGUGUAAUGUGUCUCCUGCUAGCUCCAAGAGUGUGACAGUAGCCGCAAUGGAUAACGAAGAUAAACGCUCCUCUUUCAGUAACUACGGCUCAUGUGUUGAAAUAUUUGCACCUGGAUCAGCGAUCAAAUCUGCAUGGAUUAGUGACAGGGGCUCAAAUAACAAAGACGGAACAGCUACAUUAUCAGGUACAUCCAUGGCCGCCCCUCAUGUGGCUGGUGUUAUGGCCAAAAUUCUCACAACUGAGGACCCUACCCCUGAACAAAUGAUGGCGAAACUCGAGUCCCUUGCCACAGAUAAGAUCGUUCAAGAUCGUAAAAAUACUCCGGAUUUACUGCUUUUCCAUGACUGUAAGAGCUGAAUACAUAACUGUAUGAUAUAAACUUAUUAGCUAGUAUAAUUAUAUGACGUACGUAAACGUAGUAAGUUAGGCCUUGAACAUUAUAAACAUGUAGUAGUAUACUUUUUGAUACUUAGUUAUGUGUGUAUCAUAACAGAUAAACUGUCAAUGUGGCUUUAUUAUUUCA